AUGUCUCUCCAUCUCUACAAGCCGCUGGGCUCCAACGACGAGUCCGUGCGCCUCUCCACCGCGCACACGCUCACCACCGAGCUCACCACGCUCCUCACCACCGAGUGCACCCCGCAGAGCAAGAAGGACGUCGACUAUGCCCUCUCGCGCCUUACAAAGGGCCUCUCCUCUGGGAGCAACUCCUCGCGUCCCGGAUUUGCAAUUGUCCUCACCGAGUUCCUUGCCUCCCUCCAGUCCUCAGGAAACCCCGCCAAAUGGGAUAUAUCCCUCGCCACCAUCCUCUCCGCCGUCAAGACCAACACCACCCCACAAAGCGGACACACCACCCGUCCGGAAGAACGCGGCUACCACCUCGGCCGCCUCUUUGGGCUGCAGAGCAUUCUGCAGUCCGGCAUCACCGCGGCACCCGGCAGCGAGGCCGAGGCCGCGCACAGGGAGGUCCUCGAUGAGCUGUUCGAGCUGGCAAAGCGCAAGCCGUGGCUGCGCGAGAGCUGCGCGUGGGCCGUGUGUGAGUCUGUGCAGCGCGGGGUUGGCGCAGCGGCAGCGGCAGCGACGUAUUCGGCGCUGGUGGAGAGCGGGAUGAGCAAGACGACUGAGGGCAUUGCGGUGUGGUUGUGCGUGGCGGCAUAUCAUCCGGGAGUCGCGGCGCCGCGGGAGGUGUGGAGCGGAGGGUUGCCGCUUGGGGCGGGGAAUUUAGGGGUGCUAGGCAAGAUCUUGAAGGAUUCAGGGGAGGAAGAAGGCGGCGGGGGUGCGGCGAAGGGGACGUGGAGCCAGAAGUUACACUUUGUAUGGGACCUUAUUCUAGCAGUGUAUUUGGCGGAGGAGGGGGUGUGGAGUGAGCUGAGGAAGAGCUCUGAGAUUGCUGGGUGGGCUGAGCUCUGGAGAGCUGUUGUUGAUGAAUCAUUAUUCUCAACUUCCGCCUCCGAAGAACGCAAAUUCCACGGCUUCCUCCUCUUUGCUAAAGCGCUCGAGCAGACCACGCCCUCCACCUCCCAGCAUCUCUCCGCCCUCUUCACUAAGAAUUUCAUGCGCAGUCUCAUCAACCAGCUGUCCGACGCCUCCCGCUACCUCCACAAAGCCGCGGCUAAAUGCUCGCGUGCCCUCUUAGCCAAGGCAGAAGCGGCGCCAUGGAGCGUCCCCAUCAUAAUAACACAGCUCAUCACAAACAACGGCACCCCGACCUUCGACUCUCUGACCAAAGGCAAGCACGUCGAGAAGAUCCUAUGUCUAGCCAACGAGGACGGGCUUGUAGCGGUAGUGCGCGUGCUGCGCGGCAUCAUGCUCGCGCCGGGGGUGGACGAGGUGAAGGCAGCGGAGGUGCGCAGGCAGUGGGCGUGCGAUCAGGUCUUGUCCGUGGUGCGCAGCAGUAAGAGCGUGAAGUCCGGCGCGUGGCUCAGGGAGGUGGUGGAGAUGUUUACCGCUUUCGGCCACUUUGAUGUGCAGGAGGGCGUGACACCGCCGGUCAGCGCGGCUAGCCAGGGGAUGUUUAGAAGCCGCUUGAUGAGCUGCUUGUCGCAUCUGAUCACGCUCAAGGAUGCUGAGGACGGUGACGAGACAUGGCCCUACAGGGCCGUCAAGACCAUUGGCGCACUCAAGAAGACCGACGGCUAUAAGCUCGCUAUCGAGAUUGACGACGUUAUCGCCGAGGCGCUCAAGAGUGCCACUAAGACGCUCGAGCGCAUCCGCAAGAAGCGUGCCGCGCACAGCAGCAAAGACAGCACCAAAUCGUCACAGCUCUCCUCCUUCGAGCUCCUCUACUCACUCGUCAUCCUGCAAGUGUAUUCCGGCGAAACUGAUGCCCUAGGAGUUCUCGACGAGCUUCAGAUUUGCUACGACAAGGUCGUGCGCAAGAAAGGCGACGACGAAGACGUAGACGCGAGCCAGGUGCUAGUCGAGAUCCUGCUGAGCUUCCUGUCGAAGCCGAGCGUUCUUCUGCGCAAGCUGGCACAGCAAGUGUUUGCGAGCUUUGUGGACCAGAUCACGGCUGGCGGGUUGGAGGCCAUGUUUGCUGUGCUGGAGACGAAGGAGAGCUUGGGUGGGCAGCAAGAGCUGUUUGACGGGAACGAUGAGGACGAGGAAGGCGACGUUGAUAUGGACGGCAGUGAUGACGGAGAAGAGGACUCGGACGUAGAGGUCGUGGACGCUGAAGAUAUGGAUCUCGACGAAGAAGACGCCAGCUCUGACGACGAGGACUCCGCAUCCGACGACGACGAAGAAGACGAAGAAAUCGACGAGACCGAAGCCACCAAGCUCGAGUCCGCCCUCGCCGAGGCCCUUAGCGCCAGCGGUGCCGCCGCAAAUUCCGACGACGAUGGCAGCGACAUGGACGACGACGCUAUGCUCGCGCUCGACCAGCACCUCGUCACAAUCUUCAAGCAGCGCAGCGCCGAGAAGUCCAAGAAGGCCGAAACACGGGCGGCCAAAGAGACCAUAACAAACUUCAAGAACCGUGUUCUGGACCUACUCGACAUCUUUGCGCGGUCAUCGCGGGCGCUUGAUGUCGGUGUGUCGUCAGUCAUGGUGCUGCCGUUGUUGAGGUGCGCGAGGAGGACGGCGAGUAGACCAGUGGCCGAACAUGCGGCGGUGGUUGUGAGGAACUUUGCGAAUUCGUUGAGGGGGAAGGAGGCGGAUGCUAUGGUUGGCAAAAAACAGGAGAGGGAGGCACUGUGGGGCCUGCUAGAGGAGGUGCACGUUGAGGCGGCGAAGGACGGGGGGGCGGGCAGGGAGAAGCAUAAGGCCGCCUGCUCGCAAGCUAGCAUUGCGAUCAUGAAAGUGCUGGUUGCGAGCGGGGGCAUGAAGAAAGAGGAUGUCGAGAGGGCCGUUGGCAUCUAUAUGAAGAGCUUGACAAAGCUGCUGACGGAUCGCACAUGGAGGGUACAGGGAGGCCUGUUUACGGACUUUAUAAACUGGGCCGUGACGGCGGGGAAGAGGCUACAGAAUGGAGAGGUGUCGAAGUGA